GUCAUUGCUAACUUGCAUGCUUAUGCUCAUGCGAUGGAAAACGACACACGAAGAGUACAAGCAGAACAGGCUCUGACAAGCAUCAACACGGCAUUAUCGCAGGGGAAAAAGCUUUCGAUUGUUGAUUCUCAGGGCAAUGCGAUAACUGACCCGUGCAAAGCUAUGGAAGGCGACAGUAGUAAUGCUACGUACAAGAUUUCUCUCGAGAAAAUGGAUGAUGUCAUCAUCGGCAUCACCCGUCGGGUCAGCGAUAUGACAUUACAGGAACCAUGCGAAGGUCACAUCGUGCCAGGUGCGAAGCCAGCGGUAUUGAUCGCAGAGAAUAGACAGACCAGACUGAAAGCACGCAAAGAAGGGCUCACCUCGGUUGCCAGCGCGAUGAUACGAAAACUUCUGUCGGCACAGGUGAAAAGACCCGGAUAACACAGGAGCAAAGGGUGCGGCGCGAUGGAGUAUCAAAGAAUCCGUCGUUUUCCUAGAACCUGACGAGCUUGGCACUCGCAUGUCGCGCGAUGUCUCCCCCACCCAAAUUUACGUGAGACAGUCAUAUUUUGGCAUUUUGUCGUACACUCGUCGCCACAUGAGGUUUUAUUAGUUAAUAUACUUGGUGUUGAGUCUCCACGUAUUUUUUCUACCCAUAUGCCCCCUACGACGUCGAAAAAACCCACUCAAAGCGUUCAAUUUGCCAUAGACGCGUCGACUAAACCUCCUCCUCCUCCUCCUCCUCCUCCUACUCC